AUGAACAUGUAACAUGGAAGUACCACAGAAGAGUAAGAUGGCUUUGUUUUUGAUGCUGUUUACUGUUCAUAUGUCUUUGUUUUUCUCUUCUUCCUUGAGGUAUAUCUGCGCAAUAGAUUUAUAGUUCAUUUUCUCUAUGGAACUUUGAGAAUAGCAUUCUUAGGCAGAGUGAGAGGAGGGUGGGUUUAGUAUACUGUUCAGAUUCUAAUUUCCAGGAUUUGAGGGUGGGAGCUCUGUUAUUGAUAAAAAAUGACAUACCUUCACUUCCUAGUUCUCAUCCAUGAAAAAGAUAAUUAAUCUAGAAAUGCCAUCCAUGUAACUCAAGUGUGGAUUUUUACUGAUUUAGUUAAUGAAAGAUUCCUAGUAUAGUAGUGGGCAUAUUGUAUUUUAACCUCAGAGAUUGGUUGUAAAAUCUAAUUGGAACUGUUAGAGAUGUUUUUCAACUUUAGUUUCUUACUUGUACUGCUAGUGACCUGUCUUAUAGGGAAUGGCAAAUUUGUUACACUAAAAGUUAUUUCUGAUUUUCAAGUUGCUGAGCUAGUCCAAACUACACUGAUGUAAAUAAGAUUUGUUUAUGCACAUUAGAAAUAUUCUACAGAAAAGUCUUAGAUAUUUUAACUAUAAUAACUCCUACGUAUAUUUUUAUGGCUGAUGUAAAUCUUAGAAUGUUCUGAUAGCAUGAGUUUAGAGUCAAUGUUAAUUCAAAUCAAAUAGUGUUCUCACUCAUGAAACAAUGGCUAUUCUUCAUAGUAGGGUAGGUCUCUCAUGUGUGCUCGAAUUUAGCAUUAAAAUGUUAAUGGAAUCCAGAUAUUUAAUUUCAUUAGGGCCACUGUUACUGCCUCAGAAAUCUGUUAAUUUUUUUUUAUUUAUGCUACCUUCUACAAAAUAUUUUAAAUUGAUUUUGUUGGGACAUAGAUACCUGUGCAACAAUUUUGAUUUCCAAAGAUGCUUAUUCCAACAUAAGGAACUUGAACAAUUUAUUGUUGUUGUUAUCAUCAUUUGUUUAUUUAUAUUGUGCCAGCCAAAGCAACGGGUCCUGUCAAAUGCAUACAAUCUAAAAUGUGCACAGAGGAAAGAAGGAAUAGCAAAUCACCAAACUAUACAAUACCGUUGUGCAAAAAUAGUCUAAAUAAUAAUAAUAAUAAUUUUAUUUCUUACCCAACUCUCCUUGUGGCUCAAGGCGGGUUACAGAAUAAAUAAAACACAUACCAGUAAACAUUGUAAAAAUACCACAAAUACACAUAUUAAAAUAUAUUUCUAUAAAAUAUAUAUUAAAAUACACAAAACAGAGAUUAAACAAAGGACACAAGUUUAAAAUACAAGUCCUCAAACUAAACUGCACAAUAUAAUAUAAAGCAAGCUGACAAUACUUGCAUCAAAAUAUAUAAAACUGCAAAAUGUCAAACUAAAAUCCCAAAGGCUUUGGAAAAGCUGGGAUCAGUGCCUGCCCGCACAUGGUUAAACUGGCUUCUCUCCAUGGAGACAUUCAAACACUAUCUAACUACUAAGCAGCUCUGCCGCUUUUUAUGGGAUCGCCUAAGAACAACAAGGGAAGGAACUUUUUGAGAGAAAUAGUUUUGAUACCAGCAUGUUUUCCUGUGAGAACAGAUUGUAAUGACUGGACCGCAUAGUUGAUUUUCAUUACUGUGGUACCAGUAGGUGUUGUCAACUACAUGCUUUUCAAAACUAAAUAUUUUUAAAGGGCUUCUUUGUCUAAUGGGUACCUUUGGGUUUUGUGCAGAAUGGAUAGUAGUGGACCUGACUGAUUAACCAACACCAAAAUUACCUUCAUGGACUUCCUCAGUGUCCCCAUACAUACUAUUCACCAAUUAGCAAUCAUGACAGGCAGUGUUUUUUCCUCCUCCGCUACAAUCUUCAGUACAGCUCAUGCUGGCUUACUUGCUAUAAACGAGAUGCAUGUUGGGCAAUCACUUUUGGAAAGUCGCUUCUUGUUACUAUACAAAUCAUCUGAGCACCAAAACACACAGGAGGUUGCUGAAGCAAAUCAUAGUAAUAAAAUUGGAUUGAAAUCUAACCAUGAAACAAGAGCAGAGAAAAAGGUCAGCAGUCUAUAUGUAGCUUGUUUAUCUAACAGCACUUGCUCAGCUGCAUUUGAAAAUUCCAUUGCCUGUGCAGAUGUCCAAACAGAAGGCACCCGUUUUGGAGCUGAGGUCACUGUGGCACCAACCAUCCACUGUGUUUCCACUGUAAUAGAUACUGGAAAUUAUCUUCCCCGCCUCCUCACAGGCCAUUCUUUAAUAUUGUUUCCAGCGGAAACACAGUUAGUUGUGGUGAUUGCUGUGCCUCCAGGACCCCUCAAGACACGAAAACAGAAUCUCAACAUACGAUUGGCAGUGAAAACAGAAUGAGAAAAGAGCCAGAUGUUAUACAGAAGCAGCAACAGCCAUACAAGAAAAAGGGAUAUGGCAGGGAACCCUGUCCUCAGCUGUAUGAAGCCCCCAGAACCAGCAGUGGCACUGAAUGUUAUGGCCCUUUAACAGUGGCCAGCAAACAUUCCUCGGCCUACCCCUCCACCACAAUUGUCAAUCCCACCAUUGUCCUUUUGCAGCACAACAGAGAACAACAAAAAAAACUUAGUAACCGCGCAGAGUCAGUGCCAGAAGCACCAGUUCUUGAUAAAGUUGAUUCCAUACCUACGCAAGAAAAAAUAAGCCAGUGGAAAAAACAAGAUGGAACAAGAGUUACUGAGUACGAAGCUGAUCACUCAUUGGAUGAUAUAGGCAUUCCAUUAAGGAACACGGAUCGAUCAAAGGAUUGGUACAAGACAAUGUUCAAACAAAUCCACAGACUGACAAAAGACACUCCUGAAGAAAACCCUUAUUGCCCUACCUACAUAUUCCCUGAACUUCCUGAUAUCCAGUCCCAAGCCAAAGAGGAAAAUCCUUAUUAUCCUACAUACCAGUUUCCUGUGUCUACUCCUAGCCCUAAAUCUGAAGAUGAAGACUCCGAUUCCUGUGUUCCUCAAUAUUCAUUUUACAAAGACACAAGAUCACAGAAUUCAGUUCCCCGUUCAAAGAGCGAGAAUGAUACCAUUACCACAGAGAAGGUGGUGAGGAGAUCUGCCACUCUGCCACUGCCAGCUCGUUCUUCAUCUCUGAAAGGAAGUGUUGAGAGGAAUGAUUGGGAACCUCCAGACAAAAAGGUAGACACAAGAAAAUACUAUGCUGAACCUAAAAGCAUAUAUGAAUAUCAACCAGGGAAGUCCUCAUUUCUGGACAAUGAACAUUUGACUCGGGAUAUAAGCCUAGAAGAGAUAGAUUUAAAGGAUGAACCUUGGUAUAAGUUCUUUUCGGAAUUGGAGUUUGGAAAACCGCCUCCAAAAAAGAUUUGGGAUUAUACUCCUGGAAAGUGCUCUAUCCUUACUAGAGAGGAUAGAAAGACUGAUCCAGAAAAAGAACUUUAUCUCUAUCGGACAGAAUUAGAGGCUGACACUGAAAAAAUUGAGAACCUUGAUAAAGUACCAGAUAAGGAGCCAGUGAAGAGUACAGCACACUCUUCUUCAAUGGAAAUACUCUCAGACCAUUUGGCCCAUUCACCAUAUUCACCAAACUCCCAUCUAGUACAAAGAGAGUUUACCGACACUAUAGGAGAUUCUACUGGAUUGGAGACGGAAAGGCAAAUCUACAAAAGUGUUUUGGAAGGAGGUGAUAUUCCACUGCAAGGCCUCAGUGGCCUCAAGCGUCCAUCCAGUUCAGCUUCCACUAAAGUGGACCGUAAAGGUGGGAAUGCUCAUACAAUUGCACGCUCUUCAGUUUAUAACCAAUCCUUUAACUUUAGUAAUGCCGGCCAACUAGGUCAGUUUUGUAAAUAUAAGAAGCCAUUGUCUGUCGCAAAAGUCUGUAUUGCUGAAAUUCUUCCCUCCAAAUUCAAGCCCAAGCGUGCUACUCCACCUAUUCCUAGGCUAGACAAAAAAGAUCUCUUGCCUCAUGAGAAAACACAAAGCUGUGAAAAUCUCCAUAGCUCACUUACCUUCUUUGGUAACAAGAAAAACUCUGUGAUAGAUGUGGAUGCAAGUUUUGAGAAUAUUCUAAUGAAAUCUAAGCAGCAGUCGGCUGUAAAGUCCAGUAGCACCCAGAGUUUGAGAGAGUGUGGCUCUUCCAGCUUCAGAAAAGAGUAUAUGCUUGGUUCCCAGAAGAAUAGCAUGGAGUUUGCCAUGCUGUAUAAAGACAUGCACCAUAUCAACCGUUCUGGUUUCCAGAGGGGCGUUAUUUCAUCCGGCAGCGUGAAGGAAAUUGCAUCCCAUUUUGAGUGUGAAUUUAAGAGCAAGAGAGAACCCAGCUUCAGCCCCAACCGAGAGAACUUGGAGCAGAUCCCCAAGCACACUGUAUCUUCUCGCAUCACUGCCUUCGAAAUGCUCAUCCAGAAAUCUUUGUCAAUGCCUGCUCUUAGCUUCUCCAGUACCCAUAACAAAUCUCCAACUCCUAGUCUCUCAAACAGCUGCUUAAAUUCGAUAUAUUCAGCUGAGUAUGAGUUGGAUUUGUCCAUGCCAGUUCUGAGGGAAAAGAAUCUAAGUGAUCUUACUAAUCUAGCUGAUACUUCAUCCCAUUCUUAUAGCAAUAUAGAGGAUACAUCAUCAGAAUUUAGUAAUAUGACCCCAAUAGAUACACUCUCAGCUUGUCCUGACGAAAUAGAUGUCAUAUCUAAUAAAUCCAAUGACAGUGGUGGUGACAGUAGCAUCAGCAUUGCUCAGAAAUACAAAGUGAACAAAUGCAAAGGAUCAUGCCCAGCUUCCUACACAAGGUUUACAACUAUGCGGAGACAUGAACAGCAGCAGCCUGCUCAAGGGGAUGUUGAAGGAGAAAAGCACCUGCUCCCUAGAAAUAUCUACCUCAUGAGCCCUCUUCCCUUCAGAUUGAAAAAGCCCUUGCAGAGACACUCCAGAACGACCCUUCCUUUGCCUGGACUGGGAGCUCUGCUGGCAUCCACCUGCGAAAUCCAGAAUGAUCAGUCAAGGGGAAGCCACAGCAAUAACACCUCCUUCUAUGAGCUAUGCAUGCAGCGGAAACCGCCAGCUCCCAAACGCCUCUCUUCCUGUGACAUUGUCAAAAGAUUUAGCCACUUCCUGGAAGUGGAAACUUGGCAAACUAGUUCUGUUUCCCUACUGGACUUUCCAGAUGUGUUUAAUAAUGCGAAUGUACCAUAUGCUUUAUACUACAAGGUGGACACAAACAACAACCCACAAAAGGAAUUCAGGACAUACCCUGGAGUAGAUUCAGAAUCACCAAGACAUUUUCCACCACUUGAUUACAUGGAGAAUCCUGAAGAUAUUUUCCACAGACGCCACAGUGAUAAAGAGAAACUUUUAGAGGACCAGAGACGACUUAAACGUGAGCAAGAAGAAGCUGAUAUUGCAGCUAGAAGGCACACAGGGGUCAUUCCUACGCACCAUCAAUUUAUCACUAAUGAGCGGUUUGGGGAUCUCCUAAUUGUAGACGAUACAGCAAAAAGGAAAUCUGGGUCAGAGAUGAGAGCUGCCAGAGCAAGGUUCGAUUUUAAAGCCCAGACACUAAAAGAACUGCCACUGCAGAAAGGAGAUAUUGUGUACAUUUAUAAAGAGAUUGAUCAGAAUUGGUACGAAGGAGAACACCAUGGCAGAGUGGGCAUCUUUCCACAAUCAUAUGUAGAGCUACUUCCCCCCAGAGAAAAACAUCAUCCUAAGAAACCCUCACAGUUGCAAGUCUUGGAAUAUGGAGAUGCAAUUGCCAAGUUCAAUUUCAAUGGUGACACUCAAGUAGAGAUGUCCUUCAGAAAGGGUGAGAGGAUUACACUGAUCCGGCAAGUAGAUGAAAACUGGUAUGAAGGAAAAAUCCUUGGCACCAAUCGCCAAGGCAUCUUCCCAGUCACAUAUGUGGACAUAUUUAAGCAGCCUGUUGUGAAAAACAUGGAAGAUCAUAGUGAUCUGCUAUUUUCCCACUCGAUGAACCACAGCCAGGCUACUUCACCACAGUCUCACAGUUCUGAGCUGCUUUUCACACCAACUCCCCCACCAUUGCCCUUCAUGGGCCCAGCAUUGUCUCCCGAAUUGAAGGCUGUCACCUCAGAAUGGAUUUCCCUGACUUUGGGAGCAACCUGUUCCCCAACUCCAACUGUCACUCCUCCUUUACCACCUCAUCCUAAUUCUUUUCUAUGUAACAUUGAUUAUCUCAGACCACCAUCAGUGGCCAGCCCCUCACCAUCCAUUAGCCUUCACCAAUCUAAUCUCUCCAAUUCCUCAACUCCCACAUCUGUUGUCUCCUCACUGCCUUCCUCCAGUGAGCCUCAGUCAUCCACUCAGGACAUCAGUUUGACAGUUCUGCCAAGUGAGGAGAAGUUUGCUAGCUCUCCUUCUUAUCACACCAGCAACGGUAAUUCACCUUAUUCUGUAGUUGGCAGUCCUGAUAGCUUCGUCUCAGAGCUCAGUGAUGUCACUGGCCACCAAGACAAGUUGCAGAAGACCAGAAGAGUCAAGCGAAGCAUUGACAGGGAAGAUUGUAUUACAGCCAACAAAGGCCCCAGUGGUGUCCCUGAGAAUUGUAGAACGAGGCGCCAUUUAGAGAUGGAGAAGUGUGUUAUUCCACAAAAGAAAUCUCUUCACUUCUCUGAUGAGAGGAAACUUUGUCAGGAGCAGGGAGAUGGCCCCCCCAAAAGUGGGAUGUACAGUUAUAAAGAUGUUGAACAGAGGGAGAGUCAAGGCAGGGUUAUGAAGUCUGCAAAUGCAAAAGCCUUCUAUCCAUCUGCUCUUCUGUCUCCUUCUGCAAUCCCUUCUUUUGCUGUUAGAACAGAACUACCUCCCAGACUCUCAUGUAGGGUCAACAUGCCACAGCCUUCUCAUCAUUCAUUGAGGCCAGGACCAGAUCUCACAGAAUCAGAAAAGACCUAUGUGUCCCCUGCCCGCUUUGGAUUAAAUACUAUGCCUGCCACCCAGGAAACUGUUUGCAAUGAGAUCUUAAACAUUGCUGAAAAAUCCGUUCAUUACUGCAGCACAAUUUCUCAGCCUCUUGUCUCUUGUCACAAGGGACCCUUUAGUGACAGUAGAUCAUCUCUCAUCAUUUCCCAGCAACCACCCAAAGUCCCACUGCUGGAAUCAACCAUCGAGAGGAAUCAUACCGCACAAAAUGUACUUAGCUACCGGGCACUCUACAGCUAUAUUCCACAAAAUGAUGAUGAGCUGGAAUUAAGAGACGGUGAUAUCAUAGACGUGAUGGAAAAGUGUGAUGACGGUUGGUUUGUUGGCACAUCCAGAAGAACACAACAAUUUGGUACUUUCCCAGGCAACUAUGUGAAACUUUUAUCUCUUUAAAAGCCAUUCUUUUUCUGUUCCUUUAAUCAAGAGAGAGGGACCGUGAGAGAGAUUAGGAUGGAGACUGAUGUGAAAAGGUGGAUUUAAUUUUUUUAAAGAAUUUUGUGAAUGACAUGAGAGAGAGAAAAGAAAUGGAUUUGGAAUGUGGCAAGAUCGGCGCAAAGCUCGCUUCUCCUUUGGAGGUUGACUGGGACAGAGAAAAUAGAAGUCAAGCUUUCUCCAGUGCUGUGUGGGUAUGUUUUUAUUUUCCAGCAGAUGAUGUGAUGAGGCUUAGCUUUCAUUCAGUACCUAUAUAUUACUCUUCACAGUGACAUUGAGUGAAAGAAACAGAAUGUGGUGAAACAAUGUUUGUGUUUGUGGCCAGGACAAAAUGUGAACAGCUGGUGGAUUUAUUUUUAUUUUGUGUGUUACAAACUUUUUAACUGCAUCUCGGCUGGUAGACAGCGAGGCUACAAUUUUAUCCUGUCAAAAUUUCAGGGAGAUCUUGUUCCCUUCCUUUGGAAUCUGUGCCUUUGAAAGGGGAGGCAAGUGUCUGGAAACCUGGUUGGAAGGGAAGAGCACAUUCUCAAGUGUGAAGAGCACUUUCCCAAGCAUGAAGAGCACAUUCUCAUCCUUGUCACUGCACGUCAGCUAGUUUUCUGUAAUCCCCAUGACAUCUCAAUCUCACUCCCAAUGAACUUUUCAUUCUUCCCAUCAAGAGGAUUCCCAGUCCUUGGGGAAAUGUGUUCAUGCUUAAUGCAACAUUUGAAGCAAGUGAGCAGGCUUCCAAGUGUCAGGCUUCCAUUUCCUCACAACUUCCUCUCCCACAUUAGUUCUCUUUUCUCCAGGGCUAGCACUUUACUCUUCUUCACUAUAGGCUGAGAGUGAAGAUCAUGAGGCCAUACAGAUGUAGCCUAGCCUGCAUGCCCAUCUAGUGCAGGUUUUGUGUGUGUCAGGAGUGACUUGAUAAACUGCAAGUCACUUCUGGUGUGAGAGAACUGGCAGUCUGAAAGGACGUUGCCCAGGGAAUGCCCAGGUGUUUUAUCAUCCUGUGGGAGGCUUCUCUCAUGUCCCCGAAUGUGAAGCUGGAGCUGACAGACGGGAGUUCUGCCAACCUUUUAGUCAGCAGUCCUGCCAGUACAAGGGUUUAACCCAUUGCACCACUGGGGGCUCCUUGGUGUGGUAGAAGUGGUUGAGUCUUGCUCUCCAGUCCUACCUAAAGCAAAAUAUGCAAAUCAGAUCUAUUACCAACGUGCUACUUUUUGCAGUAUCGGAGUUUGGGGAAUCUAAAGAUUUUAUCAGUCAUACAGCUGUUAAUUUUAUCAGCCUUUCGCUAAUCGGCAACAGCUUUGCUUUGACAAAAAUAUAUGAACAGUAAUAGUGAUAUUUUAAGUAAUAAUACAGUAGAGUCUCACUUAUCCAAGCCAUGCUUAUCCAAGCUUCUGGAUUAUCCAAGCCAUUUUUGUAGUCAAUGUUUUAAAUAUAUCAUGAUAUUUUGGAGCUAAAUUCGUAAAUACAGUAAUUACGACAUAACAUUACUGCGUAUUGAACUACUUUUUCUGUCAAAUUUGUUGUAUAACAUGAUGUUUUGGCGCUUAAUUUGUAAAAUCAUAACCUAAUUUGAUGUUUAAUAGGCUUUUCCUUAAUCCCUCCUUAUUAUCCAAGAUAUUCGCUUAUCCAAGCUUCUGCCGGUCCGUUUAGCUUGGAUAAGUGAGACUCUACUGUACUUGAUUGUGGAAAGGCACAGAAGGGAAGUAAUAACCAGACUCAGAAAAGACAGGGGCACCAACAGGAACACUGAAUGUAAAGAAAUUAUCCUUAAAUUUUUAAACCACAAAAUUAUUUGUAUAGGAUUUUAAUCCAGAUUACCUGUGAGAAAUUUAGACGUUCAACAUUGCAUGUUUCAGCCCAAAUCAAGUCAGAACAGCACCUUACAAGCUCCCCAAAGCAAAUGUUUCCAACUAGUGCAAGUGUUACCUUUGCUUGAGCCCUGCAUAGAACAAAUAAGAACAUUGUUGCUGCCACUUUUUUUCUUAUCCUUUGAACUAGCUGCAGGAGGUUUGUUUUCUUUUUUGAGAAUAAGGGGAUGUUGAUUGCAUUGAUGCCUUGUAUAAGCUGGUUUCCUGCUUUGACUCUCAAUUAGCAGGAGAAGCAAAACUGGCUCAUUGCCCUGAUUUGAGGAAACAUUCCACCUCCCCGCUGCCCUCAAAACAAUCUUCCUAUUGCGGUUCCUUUCCCCCUUCUGUGGUUCUCACACUUUUGACUGAGCGUCACAUUAUGCAACCGCACAUAUGAGGUACUAGAUUACAUCACAGGAAUUUUCUCACUCUGGAGCAAAUGCUGACAUGUUUCUGAAUGUGCCUUUUAAAAGAAUUGGUUGCAAAUGGAAUGAUUGCCUGCCUCUUCAAAACAAACCAGAAGCAACCGUUUGUGUAAUUCGAUGUCCAAAGCUACUUUCAUUUUGAGCUCCUUGAAUUAAUAAGAGCACCCCUUGUACACAGUUCCUUAGAAGUAAACCAUCUGAUCCUCAAUGUUACUUUCACAAAUUGAAAUAAAACAGAUGUUUCUUCAUAGUUGGUUGAAAAAGAAAAGGGACUCUACAAUAACAUUUUAAAAUAUAAAAUGCCUUUUUUCCUGCUGCUGUUUUUAUAGUUUCACUGACAACAAUGACAACUAAAUCACGGUCUUGAUGCUAGCAAUUCUCUUUUAUGUGUUUAUUAGCAAGGAUCCAAAAUAUCAGGAUUUCUCUGUUGCUAUUAGCAAGGAUCCAAAAUAUCAGGAUUUCUCUGUUGCUGACUCCCCUCCCCAUCCCGGAACAGCCAAACAUGAAGUGCUUUAAUAUUAUGAAUGUAAAUAUGUACAUUUGGUUUUGUAUAGAUUUAAAAAUCUUAUAUUGAAAAAAAUGACUGAAAGAUUUUUUAAGAGGAGAAAAGAAGGAAUUUCCCAUUUUUACUUAUUAUCAAAUAUCACUUUGAGUCACUUUAAUUAACAAAGCUUAUCAAAACAUAAAUUAAUAAACUAAAUUAAUAAAUUAAUACACAAAGCUAGACAAUGCUGUUUCCACCAUGGUGGAGAAUUCACAUUUUCAUUACCAAGGAUGGUUAGUGCUUAAAUGUCACUGGAAAUAUUUAUAGCUCCCGACAGUUCUUGUGGUUUAGGCAUGGGAUGGAGUCCCAUUCAGUGACAUCUUUGUGUGUUUUAAUGGACUUUUAAAAUGCUUUUGAUUUGCACUCAUUACCUGCAGCAAUGUUAAUUGAAUUUAGGUCUGGAACUACAAUUAGAGGAUUGGACUAAUCUACUCUGCAAAAAACGUGCUUGACAGUAUUAGCUAUCCAUAUGGAUUUUUCAGUUAAUGCACAUUUGCGUUCAUGCUCACACACUUCAAAACCAGAACCAACUCGUGUUUUGUUUUCUCAUUGCAGUGGAUUAUUAUUGGCAAUUAAUAAAAAUACUGAAUUGAAAGCAUGUUCUAUUGUGUAAAUGAUUUAAUAAAUAUUAGCCCAAGCUCA